CAGUCAGGUAGUGCUUGUUCACGAGCGUCUUUCCGAGGCGGCGCACGGCGCAUGCCGAGUUGCAAAUCCUUUAAAUACAAGAAGAGUAUUUGAAUUUAUUUUAGCAGUUGAGUUCGUUUAUAGAUCAAAUAAACUGCGCGUACACAAGCACACAUUCGUGAACAAGCAGGAUAUUUAUUUACGCUGUCAGAAGAACUCAAAGAAACCAUCUAGAUAGCUAAUUAGUAAAGGUCCUGAAUGAAAUGCUGUGUCUGAAGUUAGAACUGUGGGAAUGAUUCUGGUGAAUUGGCCCUUCAAAGUCAAACUGAUGAAAAUCUAGGACUGUAGGUAGCAUCUGCAGUCAGCUGGAAUGGAGAACAAAACCAAUGGUUCACUGGAAGCCAGACUUGUGGUGGAGAAUGGCCAGAUGCCUGACCCUGCAGACUGGGCAGUCACUGAUGUUGUAAACUAUUUCAAAGCUGCAGGAUUUGAAGAGCAAGCGACUGCUUUCGGGAACCAGGAAAUUGAUGGCAAGUCUUUGCUACUGAUGACACGGAAUGACGUCCUGACUGGUCUGUCGAUCAAACUGGGCCCAGCACUGAAGAUCUAUGAGUACCAUGUGAAACCACUCCAAACUCAGCACCUGAAGAGUAAUGCUAAUGUAUCAUAGCAUCACUACAAGCUCUUCCCUUUGUAGAAGGAUAAUCACCUAUAAAUAGGUGAGGCAGGAAGGACAAAUCAGGCCCAAGACCAACUCCCAGAGAACAGUGGAGAAUGAUGGUGCUAGAAAACAUGUGUGGUUGCAUCUUUUAUUAGUUCUUUUUUUAUACUGACAAAAAUGUCAAGAUGCCAAAUUCAUUGAGCUCAAACAUCGAUUUACAUAGAGUGAUCAGUUUGGUGUUAGUCAAACAUUGGUAAUUUUAAAGAUCUUAGGAAAUACUAGAGUGUACAGGUUUUAUCUGAAUGGCUAAAUGAGGCCAAUAAUUACACAAAAAGUGUACAUCUGACUUGCUGAUUAUCAAUAUCCUAACUGGGUCCCAUUGAUACUGUAUAGUCAGCAUAUACCAAAUUCUUAGUUUGCUGCCAGCUAAGAUUGCUUGGUAAUAUAGUUGGAGGAAAUGUAAAUGUUUGAACCAUUCUUGGACUUCACGUUUCUCCUUUACUGUAAAUGUUUCCCCUAAGCCACUAUUUAUCUCAGUCAAAGCUGUAUCUUGGAGCAUUAUGCAGUUGUCAAUUAAGCACUGAUAUAGGUUGAAGAAUGUCUUAAACCUUAAAGCUGACAUGCGUAUUAAGCAAAAUGCACCAAUGACCACCCUAAGCACAUAGCCUCUUGUUUUGAGGAAUCAAGCGUCCAGCAUGUUGGUAAAAAGUUAUGUAAAUUCAUAUUUUUGUGGUAAAAUCACAAAAGGACAUUGUUUCACCUGUGGAUAGCAGCAUUCAUUAUUUUGUACUUUAAGGUAGACUCAGUGAAAUCACUUUGCCACUAGCUGACUCACAGAUAUAGAUGAUCAAGACAACACCCACACACAAUCUGCGAAUGUGCACAACACCAAAACAUAGUUGUCACACUUCAAUAGUUUUAGAUACAUCAAAAUCGAUAUUGCUGAGUCUAACUUUGAAGUACUUUCUUUAAUCUUAAGAUGUAUAGCAUUUUACUCUGUUUUUGAUGUUGAUGUAUUUAUCAUGUGUAGAAACAGUCAUGCUGUUUCCCUUUGUAUUGUAAAAGGUGCUCUGUUUGCAUUUUGUUAUAAAAACUCUGUCUUAACUAA